AUGCAAGACCUCAGCCUACCAAUUGCUGUAAGACGUUCGCGUCGCAGCAGCAUCAAACCAGAACCAUCAGACAUUCCCUCCUCCCCAAUGCCUGCCAAAACACCCAGAACAGUCUCUAGGAGAAAAGUCCGUUUCUCAGAGCCAGGUCUCUCCAGUGGUUUGACCCCAAUGGUCGGUCGCUUCUCUGUCGCAACACCCAAACGACGUCGCCAUUCUUCUGCACCAGUAACAACUACACCAAGCACCAGUCGCUCGACUUCCGCGUUGCCGGAGAGUGGCGAUGUCACGUUUCUUCCCUUGCGACAAGUUCUGGAUGGUCGCGUCCAAAGGCGCAUUCGUCGCAAUGGACUGAGUGAAGAGAUGAACGUCAUUCAGCAGGAAAAGAGACGGCGCUCAAUUGAGACCAAGGAGGAAAUCGAGAAACUAAGAGAUCAACUCAAGGCGCGUGAUCGCGAGAUUUAUGAGUUGCAGAAUGCGACCAUUGUCAUUGACACGGGUCGCAUUUGGGAUCUCGAGAAGCAGAUUGAGGACCUGCAGGAUGAGCUGUCAAAGAGAUCUGGGCGCUCUCUCAGUGAGAAGAGAGGGUACAAUUGGACAUUAUCAGCGAGGGAGAAGUUUUCACCAGAGUAUAUGGAUAUGGAUGACACCGAGUUUGGCGAGGAGACUAUGGCGCAGUUGGUCUGCAGUACACCUUCAAGGGCCAGAGCGAGACACGACGCGAGCACUUCAUUCAUGGACAUGACGCCUCCUGCUACAAGCCCAACGAUUCCUGGAACGCCGAUGUCUUGGAAUCCCAUUCCGUCAACAUUGAGUGCUGGUGUCCAGGCUUGUUUCCCGGAUCCUCAACGACAGCAAUUGGAAGAAGAGGUCUCAUCGCUGCAGCUCGAGGUCACAAAGCUUACCGACACACUCGAAUCAUACAAGUCUCUUAGUGGUCGCUUGUCCGACAAGCUGUCCGAGUUUACGCCAGCUACCGAGUCGGACUCAACAUCACAUCAUCAAUUGGAGGCCCAGAUUGACGCUAUGCUACGAACAAUGUCUGACAGAGCAUGCGCACUUCAACAACUCACCACGAAUAUCACCAAACUCGGUUUCCAUGGUUCUGACGCAAGCGACAUGAUUACAUCCCUCGCCUCUGGCUUCCGCGCUGCUCGUUUGGAGCUGGAGUACCUUACACCCGGCGAAAUCACCCUCCCGCUGUCAUCACAUGGUGCUGAAGUGCUGGAUCUCAUGCUCACGCGUCUGCGCGACAUGGCUAAGCGCGCCAAAGAAGACGAGGAUGCUAUUGAUGAGUAUCACGAGAUUGAACAGUCGCUACGAAAGCAGCUCGACGCGCGCGUCACUGUCAUGGAUGGUCUCAAGGCAGAGAUGUCCAAGGCCGAGAAACUCAUGAGCGAUAAGAUUGCGCGCAUUCGUGAGCUUGAAGUGGCCAACACCAGACUCAAAGGUGCGGUAGACGGUUACGUGCGUGACAUCUCGGAGCUUGAGGAUCUUGUUGAGAGAAUGGAGCGCGAUGCACACGAUGCUGAGGAUGAGUACAACGUGCAGUUGGAGGUCAAGCGCAAGGUACUUAGUCGCAAGGAAGACAGUAUCGCGGAGUUGGAGACGAGAUUGUCUGAAGCGCUCCAGCGGUCAGCAGAUCUUCAACGCGAGGUGAAGGAAGUACAAGAAGCCAAGAUGCGCGAUGUCGCAGCGCUGAACAAGCGACAUGGCGCUGCUCUUGCAGCGGGUGACGCGAGCGUAGUCAAGUACCGUGGGGAGAUUGACAGAGUGAAUGCUUCUCUCCGCGCGGCGCACGCGACGAUAUGCAAUCUACGAGUUGAGAAUGGCGGGUUGAAGAGUCAGGUGGAGGAGGAGAGGACGAAGGCCAAGGCGGUGAUUGACUCAAUGAAGGAGGAGCUUCAGCGGGUCGUGCAGAUGAGUCAAGAGUUUUUGACGCCGAAAAGCAAAGCGUUGAAGGGCAUCGACUCUGAGUCAGAACCAGGGUCUGGGUCAUCGUCAUCGUCUUCGACAGUGAGUGCAAAGAGACCAGCCUUUGUCUCUGUAGAUGGCGGUGCAAGAAGGUUGAGUAGAAAGAGACUGUGUAGAGGACGUGAUAGCGGUAUGGGCUUGUUGGAUGAAGAUGAGGAGGAGUGCUUCUGA